AUGAGUAAAAACUCGAAUGUUUUGGCCAUUGGAACUGAGAGCACUGAAGUUUUAAAAGAACCAGCGAAUCCAAAAAUUCCUAAACAGUUUUCUGAGGCGGAUUUAGAAAAGUACUUGCAGAAAAUUCUACUUAAUGGCGCUAAACCAUUGACAAAUGUUUAUAAUGAACAAUCAGUCGGAUCAUUUUCGGCCAAGGAAAUUAAGAAAAACGGAUACUACUACGAGUUCGGUCCGGACGAUAAGAUAAAUGGUUGGAUGUGUAGCGGUCGCACUUUUGAGCCCAAAGGUAUUCUACGCCGACUAAAGAAUGUAAUCAGCAAGGAGCACUGGAUAUCUGAUAAUGUGGCUAAGUAUCCAAAGGAUUCAAGAAGCUUUAUAAUCGAAACUACAUUCAACGCUUUGGCCGAGGAAACCUCAGAUAUUUACUCGUAUUUGUGCUAUCUAAAUGAAAAUUCCAAGAGGAGGUGAACUUUACAACAUACAUAUAUCAUUUGCCAUUCACCCUUUCUUUAUAAACAAAACAAGAACCAUCACUAAUUCAGAGCUUUUAAGGGAACUUUCCCGCGAAAUGAUUGCAUUAGAAAAUAAAUAAAAGAACUGCUCCCAACGCAAACGGAC